AUGAUCUUCAACCAGCUUCCAUUUGAAGUAAAGGUUGCUGCUGCUGCUGGAGCUAUCUUUUUCUCCAUGUUAAUAUCACAAAUAUAUCUGACUGAAAAUAUUGAGGUGACAAGAUUGAGAUGGCUACUGAAGUUGCAGAUGGUGUUCUUUAUUAAUGUCUUAAUGGUCAUAGGAGCCCCAUACUCAAGUUUUUUCACACCAUCAUUUCUUAUUGCAAAAGAGCCUUAUUUUUUUUCCUUAACAGCAUUUAUUUAUCUUGGAAGCUACAUCAUUCUUAUUUUCUUUCUCUUCAUUGUUGGUUCUUUUAAAUAGCUUUUUAAGCUCAUGAGUCAAAGAAAUGCAGAAUUAGGUAGUAUCAGUAAAAUUGGUAAAUUGGGAAGGAAUCUAGCAGCUACUGUAGCUGUAGGAUUGACUGUUAUUGGACUCAUCAAUGCUCCCCAACCUUGUGCAGUAAAAUCAAUAGCAAUUACUAUUCAUAAAUUACCUUUGUCCAUGAAUAAUCUUAAAAGAAUUUUGCUUUCUGAUAUUCCUUUGGGGCCAACCAGUGGAAAAACUAAUCUCCAGAUGAUUGUAAAAAUAGUUAAAACUUUAAAACCAAGUUUCACUGUGAUUGUUGGUGAUCAGACAGAUUCUGAGGUGAAAGGCCUUGUCCAUGAUAUGGAACUGCUUGGCCAUCUUGAUUCCCCAUUGGAGGCUUAUUUUGUCACAGGGAAUCAUGAAUACUAUAUCUGGUUUGAAUGUCUAAAGUCACUCAAUAUUCACAAUGAGCAUGUGAAGAUCACGUCCUACAAAGACAGCAAUAUUAACUGGUUUUGUCUGGCUGGAGUUGAUGAUAUUGAAACAAAUGUGUUACAUAACAUCGACCAUGGAGUGAAUUAAAAAGUAUUAGAAGGCUGUAGUACCGACCAUGCCUAUCAGCUGCUUGCUGCAAAACAGGCUCUUCAAGAUAGUCAUAUAAGUUUGGUUUUGUCUGGGCACAAACACGGAGGAAAAAUAUUUCCUCUGCAUAUUGAUGUUUAUUAUUUAUCUGUUUUUUGUUCGUUUAUAUAA